AUGUCGUUCUUGAACAUUGGCUCCGGAACCGGCUACUUCAGUUGUUUGGUGGCCGAAGUUGUGGGCGAGUGCGGCGUGAACGAUGGUUUGGAGCUUUGGCCGGAGAAUGUGGUCCAUGCACAGGAACGCUGUGCUUCCUUGGGCAAGUACCACAUCGAGUUCAAUGUAGGAAACGUGUACCAGCUCGAUGUCAACCUCGGCAUGCGCUACGACCGGAUCUAUUGGUGUCGAAGGAGGGCCCCGACUCUAGAUGGGGCCCGGGCAUCGGUUAGUGACAAAGUGUCAAUGAAGCAGGUCCUCAGCAUUGCAGCGCUGCUGCUGUGUAGACCAGAGGCAUGGAAGCUGCGCCAUGAUGAGGCCAGCGGGCCGGUUGCCAGCGCCCGAUCUCAUGGAGCCUUUAAGAGUCAGGAAUCCAUCCAGACUGUCGCACUUCCGAUUGCAAAUGCCAACGACAGGCCGCCCCACCUGCAGGAGAUGGGAUUGUACUUCCGGCUACAAGGCUUGCUGAUGCUGGCCGCGGGAAGAGUCAGGUCUCGCAUCAAGUAUGCAUUCACAGGAGUGCUGUGUACCGAAGUGCUCGCAGCACACUUGUUUUGGCAGCUGGGCGACGAAUGCCUCCAAGUUGAACCAGGCAGGGAGCUCGGACGAGGAGUGCUGCACUCCAGCGAGAAGCUCAGACUGAUGCGGCGACCCUGUGGCGUAGCUUCUCAGCAGAGUCCUGCCGAUGAUCAUUCUGUGACUGAGUCCUGUGCGGCCUUCGUUUGCGCCAAGUCCAAGGGCUUCCAAUAUGUGGCAGAUCGACAUGUCAUUGCCUCAGAAUCCCAGCUGAAGGUGGAGAUGCAAGCCCCGCCACAUGCAUGCGUUGACGUGUCGGACAAGGUGAAAAUGGCCACCGUCGUGACGGACAAGAACUUCAAAGACAAGUGUUGCGAGCCGACCUGCUCUAGUGUUACUUGCAAGGCUAGGCACCAUCACGAUCCGACGUACCUGGACUACCUGGUUUCAAAGGUUCCAGUUGGUUCCAGCUGCUGCAUUCCAACAUGUGCGGCCUACAGCUGCACAGAGGGUUGGACGUCGAAUCCUGCUGUGGCAAACUUUGUGUCUGCGGGCUUGACGAACGAGGAUUGCUGCCUUCCGACAUGUGCUCUACACAAGUGUGGAGCAGGCUGGUUCAACAGCACCGACAAGGGAAAGUUGCGGGAGGCAGGUGUCCUCCUCCGACUCAGUUUGCUGCGAGCCGAGCUGCAAGGAGUUUCAGUGCCGAGCAGCAUACAUGGGUUCGAUGGCCACGCCAUGGCAGAGGACUCAGCGGGCACCGGCGAGGAAGGCACCGCUUCGGCGCUGCCGAUGCUACUGUCAGACCCGUUGACAGUGAAAAGAGAUGGUGAGGCAAAACCUGUGGAGGCGAGUCUGAGAUACAAGGCCACGCAGCCCGACAGUUUCGCCGACUUCAAGAUUUUGGAAACGAAGACCGUCGAAAAUGAUGGGCCCAAAAACUCCGUGGAAUCUCGCCUUCCCACAGAUGCAGAAAAGCAGGUUCUCCGCCAGUUUCGGGAGCACUGGACCGAGAAGAGAGAGGUCUUAGAAAGAACAGCCCGGCAUCGGGAACUGGAGGAACAGUUGGCGCAGACUCGCGCCCAACUGCGGGCGCCCGCGCCGAAAAUCGUGUGUGCAAAUUUGCCAUCCAAUCGAUACGGCCUGGACACCCGUCUGCCCCCGUUUCUUCCGGACCAGCACAUACCAACGCUAGCACUUAUCAACCCUUUUGCAGGUGCCAUGGCGGGAGCCGACAUCCUGGAGCUUGCGCGCCUGACUCCCUACUACCAGGACCGUUUUUUCAACAUCAUCGAUGUGGUCCGGGAUCAGCGCCGAGGAGGAUUGCUUGACGUUCUACGACAAGAGCUCUGCAAGGCAAAGACGGAGGCCAAAGCAAUGGGGACGCGACCCAGAAUCAUCUCAGGUGGUGGAGAUGGGACAGCCUCGUUUACGCUGUUCAUUCUCUUUGCGGCGCUUCGGGCGGACGGCUCGCGCGAGGAUGAGGGCCUUGCCGACACCGGGAACGGUUUCAUUUGGACAGAUGACGAGAUGGCCGAGUCUUUUCCAGCCCUUGCGCAGAUGCCUUUAGGAACGACGAACGACUUCGGCCGUACCUUGGGCUGGGGACGGAAAUACCCUGGAGACCGAGAGUCACGCUUCCAUUUGGACUGGAGGAGACAUGCAAAGGAUGCUCUUCUUUCGUGGAUCGAAGCUGCCAUUAGUCCUGAAAGUGCAAUCGCCAAUUUCGACAUCUUCGGAUUUGUGCCAGAGACGGGCAAAGACUCUUGCGACUUCAAGAUUUCGGAGCUCGGAGGUCAUCGCGGAAUGGAUCCGAAGGUUCACAUCGACGGCAAGAAGCACCUUGUAAUGAAGGAGGCUGGACUUCCGGUGCCACUCUUCGUCUGCCUGUAUUUCUCCGCCGGCUUCGGCGCUUACAUGACAGCCCGAUUUCAGAUGAAUCGAAGAAAGAGCCCGAUUCGAAACAAGUUGGAGUACAUCAGGCAAGGAUGCGGCAUCCUUGCAGAGAGCAUACCCCCACAGUUGAAUGUCGGGCUAGAGAAGGUUGAAAUUUUUUGCGGCAACGAGAGGUACUUCCCACCCAGGAGUGAAGACGGUUCGGGUGGUGCGCGCUACCGUGAAGUUGGUUUUUUGAACAUCAACUGGCAAGCCGGCAUCUUCCACGGUGCGGAACGAGCUCCACUUCCUGCCCGAUUGUGCUCCACGCGAGAUCCGGCUCACUUCAAUGAUGGAUUGAUGGAUAUGUAUCGCGUCAAAUUCCUCAGUGCGCUUAAGAAUCCUGGCCUGGUGUUCCAAACAGAUAAGUGCGAGGAAGGGAUGGCCCUGACGUAUUCCGGUGCUAAAGGCACCGGCGUCUUCUUCCAGUGGGAUGGCGAGUCACGCUUCGCCUUCAGUCCGACUGGAGAGCCCUUCCACAUACACAUCCGCAAGAUUAUGAGUGUUCCUAUGGUGCUUGGGCCAUACUACGACCAGCGCGUAACCGGCAAUCCGGACAACGGCAGCCAGGUCAUGUUCGGCCUCUCGGCUGGCCUUUACAAAGAGCGCCGCCGACAUUCAGAUCGUAUCCUGCAGGGCGUGCGUGGCGAGCUGAACGCCGAACUUCUGGCGACAAAGGCGGACUUGAACUCGAUGGAGCUUCCGCUGGAGGGAGCAGAGACCCUCGUGAGUUCCGUCGGAUCUGCUUCGGAUUUUCGCCUCGGCGUUGGUUUGCACAGGUUCGCAAAAUUUGACAAGCUUCAGCGAAUAGCAUGUCACACUGAGUUGAAAUUCGGAGACCGGUCCAAGUCGAACCUGGAGCGUGAUCUGCGCAGGUAUCAGAUCGAACAGUCACUAAUGUGUGCAGACUUCCGGGACAACAAAGAGGAGGCGGAGCAGGGAUGCAACAGCAAACAGGUGCCCCAGCUACGGCACCGGCGGGCGGCGGCGAUGCUGACUCUGAUGCUCGGGGUCUUGAUGAUCGGUGGCAAGGCCGAUGCCAAUGGCAAGGCGAUCAGCAGCAAGAUCAACGAGUGCCCUGUCCGGGAAAUGGCGGAGGUGGAGCUCGGGAUGCAGAGAGCGGUGAGCCUGCGGAAGCAGGCAAUCGGAGGGCAUCACUGCAGUACGACCGUUACUGACGAGACCUUCGAUCAUACAGACGACCCGAAAGAGUCUGGCGAUGCAGGUAGUGGUUCUACCAAGAAUCGUCCCAAGACAGGAAAAGAUCAUGUUCCGGUGUUUGACGGUAAGGCCCAGAAGCUGAUGGAGAAGUUGAGUGGCCAAGCUUGGAUGGCUACCGAAAGCCUCGAUCUCGAGGAGCCCGAGCCGUUGGAGCACCUGCGUACCUUCACGACCCUGUCGGAGUUCUACAAGGACUUCAAGAGGAGCCCCGGGCAGGAGUUUGUCGUAGAGUUUGACAUGCUGUUCCGUGCUCAACUUAAGGCGAUUGUGCCGAAAGUCAAGAAGGAGGAAGACCACAACAACCAAUCUACCUCGAGGCCAUCCUUGAACCGCCAGUGGAAACCUCGCAACCACCCGCGGCAGGUCAACGCCACGACGGAGCAUGCUGAGCAGAAAGACGGUGAGGAGGAGGAGGUGGAUGAGGUGGGCCCGCAAGAGCUCGAGGGGGAGUUAGAGGUACUCCUCACCCAAGCAGCCUGUAAGCGGGCUGAGAUAGAACGCGCACGUGGUUUUUCCAAGCCGGAGACAAGUCAAGCCAGAGAAGCCCGCAUCAAAGACGUGAAGUCGCGGAUGCCUUGCAGUGCUUGCAAGGCCAAUAAUGACAAGGACAGAAACAAAGAGAAGACUGUGUUGGCCGUCGCAGGGGAAGAACUUAGUGACAGCGACGAGGAUAUCCUAGAGCUUCCUACAUCAUCCAGCUACCACGCCACGUCCCACCUCGAUGACUUGGAGUCCUCUUGCAAGAAGGGUCAGGUUGAAGAGGACGGUGGCAGGGAAGAAAUGGAUCCAGCGACAUCUCCGUUCGGCGGCUGCCCAGGGGUGAUGUCAGAGUUCGCGGUGAUCUUACCAUUGGUAGUGCGAGGGUUUGGGAAGGGUCAUGGACUUGGAGUACAGUACAUCACCCUCCGCGAACUAGAUGCGAAUGUGCACCUGAGGGGAACCAAGACGGGUCUUUGUGGGUUCGAGAUCAACGUGGAGCGGUCCGGGAGGAGGUUGGAGGCUCCACCACAAGCCUUGGUUGACACUGAUCAAGAAGUUAUCUUAGAAGACGAUGUCCUUGAUGAUCAGCUCAUGAUGGUGAAGAAGAUCUCCCCAGAGACUCCAGAGGGCGGCAAGGAACGAGACUUUCCUUCAAUCGCCGUGAGCUUCGGCGAUUUCGACGGAGGAUUGGAGUGGAGAGAGAUGCACGUGCAGCCUGUGACGAUCAGUCUUCCGACUGGCAUCGACAUGUCGAUGCUUGCGCCAAAGAACAAGGAGGAGUAUGUGAUGGCGAUUGCCUCCAGGUCGAAGUUGGGGAAGGAGGAACUUCGUCGCCACACCCUCGAUCGCUUGGAGGAGCUGUGGGCGGAGGUGCGACCGAAGAAGGCGAAUACGACAGUUUUGCCAGCGAACUGGAAGCAGCUCGAUCGCGCGGCACUCAAGACGAUCUACCAGAACCAGGUGGUACCGGACUUGGGUCGGGACAACGACCUUUAUUGGGACCGGUCCAAGUCGACUCUGUGGCUGGAGAUCGAGGUGUGGGCCGAGGAUGCCUCGAAGGACUUGCAGCAGGACCGGGAAUUGGAGACGGCGGGUCGAGGUCCAUUGUGCGCCGAGUGUGCCAUACCGAUGAUGGUACGCACGAACAGGCUGACUCAAAUGCCGACGCUUCCCGAUGUGCAAGGCGUGCAGAAAGAGAUCCAGCAGGAGAACAAGGAGAGGACGCUCGCCGAGAAGAAGAAGAGGCAGGGCGGCAACCUCGUCCGAUGGAUCUUGGUGGCCACUGGGGAGGAGGCCAAGUACAACACCUAUUUGACCAAGGAGGAGAUGGCCAUGAUUGUCGCCGUGCGAAACAAGAGUCGCAGGUAUCCCCGAGACAAGAAGCAGCCUCCCACGAAGGACAUGGAUCCGGACGAGGACUGA